AGUUUAAAUGAAGAAGUAGUGUCUGCAACAAGUGUGCAUACUUUUAAAGUAAGAUUGGAUAAGUGUAGAUAUGGAGACGGGACCACACGAGCAUAAAGCCCAGGGGCGGGAUGUUCAAACGUUCGUAAUGGCCGCUGCUAUCACCUUAGCGCUAAGUUUGUUGUAACCCGCGCGUAACUCGCCUAAGGUGUAUGUUGGAAAGAUCUUGGAGUCGUCGCUACGAUUUUCGGACCGCCAUAUUUGCUUAUUGCGCUAAGUGUCUUGAGGAGCACCCUUACAGUGAUCGUAGGGUGGUUUGUUUACCUCCCGUGGAAUUCUGUACCUACGUUGCCUUGUCAGAGAUGGAGUUACAAGUUGUAUUGCAACAUGAUGUUGCAGUAAACAGGGCCUGGAGACGUGAAAGAAGAUUUAGAGACCGAACAGAUCCAUUUGCUUUUAGUGAUGAACACUUGCUGAGAUAUUACAGACUCCCGCACUCCAUGCAGUGCCAUGUCAUUUACAGGUGUUGAUGACAUUUAGGUUUUAUGCCAGUGGGUCAUUCCAAAGUGUGUUGGCAGACACAUAUGGAUUAACACAAGGAUGUGUCAGCAGAGUCAUCAACAGAGUGAAAGAUGUGCUGUAUACGGCGUCACUUAGAGAAACACGGAUUCCAAGAGGACUAGAGGAAGCCAGGGUAACAAAGAGGAAAUUAUAUGGAAUUGCCAAUUUUCCAAAUGUGAUUGGCAUCAUCGAUGGAACACACAUCCCGAUUGCUGCCCCACCAGUUGAUGAAGAACUCUACAUCAAUAGAAAGAAUUUCCAUUCACUGAACAUACAAGUUGUGUGUAAUGCAGACUACAUUUUUCAAGACUAUUGCUGCCGUUCCCCUGGAAGCACAUAUGAUUCAUUUGUAUGGGAGAACAGCAUCCUCAACAGGAGAUUCCAGCGGGGUGAAUUUGGAGAUGCCUUUCUUCUUGGUGACAGUGGGUACCCUGUCAACAUUCACUUGAUGACACCAAUUGGAAUGCCAGCUAAUGCUGGCGAACAAAGAUUCAACAUCAGCCUGAAGAAAACACGUGUCGUGGUUGAGUAGGCUAUUGGCAUUUGGAAGUCACUCUUCAAGUGUGUCCAUCAUAAAGGUGGCACACUUUGUUAUAGUCCCUUGAAGUGUGGAAAGAUUGCUGCAGCAACUAUGUUGCUUCACAAUUUCUGCAGAAAGAGGAAUCUUCCACUCCUGGAUGAAGUAGUAGUCAACCCUGAUGACAUAGAUGAACCUGUGUUUGUUCCUGCACCAGCUGGUGGUGGAGGACGGGAUGCAAGGGCAAUAGCUGGGAAUGCAAUGAGAAGGCAAAUCAUUGCAUAACACUUCUCAUAGUCUGAAAAGGGGGGAUAUAGUUGUGUAAAGUAAGUUUUAGUGUGUUGAGCAGUGCUGGUUGUUCCACUGUAGAUGGUGCUUACUAUGUUCAUCAUUCUUGGGACAUAGGAUACCUUCUACAAAUAAGGUAAUGUUAAGAAUAUACAUGAUAGGUUGUUUAUUGCAGUUUACAUUGCAUAUAUGAUUAAUUUUGUAAGUACAAAAGUAAAAAAAAAAUAGGUUUUCCAUUAUACAUAACUGUAUAAUAUCACAUUAUUCAUUUGGUAUGUAUCAUAAUAGAUAACUAUAAUAUCACAUUAAUUUGGUAUGUACUAUCUGAUAGACUAAUUACACAAAUUGUAAUGCAUAGCCAGUUACAAAAAUGUUUACCUGAUUUCUUGACCCAUUGCUAUAUUUAACUAAUGUUACUUGUACUUGAGUCACCACUCUAACCCAUUCUUGCAGCAACAUAUUGGCCAUAUAUUUAGUAGCUUUUCUUAAAUACUGCUUCAGUUUUUUGUCCUAGUGGUGUAUUCAGCUCACCAUUACCUUUCCUGUAGUAUUCCUUGUGUCUUAUAUGAAUGUGUAAAUAUUUAUAUUUCCAUAUAGUGACUCCAUGAC